AUGUGUCUGUUGCUGCGACUUCUCAUUGGUGAAAGUGGUAGAGCUACUGUGCACACAAUUUUGAAGAUUUUUCGAAUGAUGGGGGGUCAGUUGACCAGUGAGCCUUCCACACAGACCUUUCUUCCAGCUGAUUAUGCAGUUUUUGCUGUCAUGCUCCUGGUCUCCAUGGCCAUAGGACUCUAUCAAGCUCUGAAGAAGCAGCCACGGGAUGCCAGCACUGAUGACUUCUUCACUGGUGGUCGCAAUAUGUCAGCAGUGCCCAUUGGACUCUCCCUCUGUGCCAGCUUUAUGUCAGCUGUCCAGGUUUUGGGAGUUCCCUCAGAAGCUUAUCGCUAUGGAUUCAAAUUCCUUUACAUGUGCCUUGGACAAAGCAUCAACUCUCUGAUGACUGCUUUUUUGUUCCUGCCGGUUUUCUUUCGACUCGGCAUCACAAGCACCAAUCAGUAUCUGAAGAUGAGGUUCGGCCGAGGGAUGCAGCUGCUGGGAAGUGUCCAGUUUCUUGUGGCCACACUGCUAUACACGGGUGUGGUCAUUUAUGCACCAGCAUUGAUCCUCAACCAAGCAACUGGACUUAAUAUAUGGAUGUCUCUUUUCUCUACUGGAAUCAUCUGCACUCUGUACACAACUAUGGGUGGCAUAAAAGCUGUGAUCUGGACAGAUGUUUUCCAGAUUGUUGUCAUGUUUUCAGGCUUUGUGGCCAUCGUCAUCCACGGCACCGUUCUGGUUGGUGGUCCAGCAGCAGUGCUGGAAAUUGCCAACAACGGAUCAAGGCUGAAUUUCAAUGAUUUUGACUUUGACCCGCGACAACGUUACACCUUCUGGAGCUUGACUGUUGGGGCUUCACUUUUGUGGCUGUCCAUGUACGGAGUAAACCAAGCACAAGUCCAACGUUAUGUUUCCUGUAGAACCGAGGGACAGGCCCAGUGGGCAAUAUUUAUCAACCAAGUAGGUUUGUGCCUAAUUGUUGGAAGCGCGGCGGUCUGUGGCAUUGUCAUGUUCGCCUAUUACUUUAAGUGUGAUCCAUUGAAAUCUGGCAGAGUGUCUUCUCCUGAUCUUUAUAUGCCAUAUUUUGUGCUGGAAAUAUUCGAGGGCUAUACUGGCUUUCCAGGUCUAUUCCUGGCUUGCGCAUACAGUGGCACUCUGAGCACAGUUUCCACAAGUAUUAAUGCAAUGGCUGCAGUGACGAUGGAGGACCUUUUUCAGCCGUACCUGCACCACCUGAGCCAGAAGAAACACAUCCUUAUUUCCAAAGGACUUACCUUCCUCUAUGGAGUAGCUUGUAUAAUCAUAGCUGUUCUAGCUUCCCUGCUGGAUUGGGGAGUUCUUCAGGGGUCCUUUACGGUCAUGGCUGUUGUCAGUGGUCCAUUACUUGGUGUAUUCAUCUUGGGAAUAUUUAUUCCUGCCUCAAACAAACUGGGGGCAUUCCUAGGAACUGCAGUGGGUUACUGUGUCUCUCUGUGGCUGGCUGUUGGGUCCACUAUUUACCCACCCAGUUUAACGACCAUGGGAGUGCUACCUAGUUAUGCAGCCGAAUGUGAACCUAGAAACAUCACGCUGAAUGCCACUCAGUAUCACCCUUCCAUCUCGACAACAAUUCACCCUGACAACCCAAGUGGCCUACACAACUUCUACUCCAUCUCCUAUCUCUAUUUUGGUGCCGUGGCAACAAGCUCAGUAGUUCUAAGUGGUGUCCUUGUGAGUUAUGCUACAGGACCAAUGAAGAGAGGUGCUCUUAAAGAGGGUUUAAUAUGGUGGGAUUUGGGUAAGAAGCCAGCAACCAACCAACCACAGUGUGGAGGCAAAAUGUGUGCAGAAGAAGAGUGUGCGCCCAUGAUGGAAAUAAACAAGUGUGGUGAAAAUGACACACAAGAAAUGGAACGUCUCAACACUAUUAAAACCAUUGUCCCAAUGUAA